CUCCUCUGUCAGAGUGAUGUAGGGUCACGAGAAUGGGGAAACACCUUCCAAGGAGAAAACACACAUGCACACAUGCACUUUCACAACACACACACACAAACACACACAGCGCUCCUCGCUGAGUGCUGAAUGGUGAGAGAACGGCACAUGCUGCAAGAGACGAACUUGGAUAGCAACAUUUCUCCAAACUGAAGGAUAAAGAAAUGGACCCACAAUUCUUCACUCCUCCUGAGCACUGAAGACAGCGGAGAACCAGAGAGAACGGAUACAGAGGAGAGAUUUCUUCAUCACCUGAUUUGUGGAGCUUUAACAUGGGAUGAGCUCCUGACAACGGUGUCUUAAGUGCCUCUGGAAAGGAACUUCCUGUUUAUGGCCAGCUGUGCCCUGUGUAUCCUGACCGAGAGCCCAACCAGAUCCUGGCCUCUGAGCUCUGAACCCUAACCCUGGAGGGGCAGGGGGGUCGACAGGGAGAAAAUGCGGUGCACCACCCUCUUGGCCCUGCUGACCGGAGUCAUGCUGUACCUGGUGAUGGGAGCGCUUGUUUUCCGCACCCUGGAGGCCCCCGAUGAGAAUUCGGCGUACAAAGACCUGCUUGCUACCAAGCACACGUUCCUCGAUAAUAAGUCCUGUGUCACCGAGCUGGAGUUCCACAAGCUUGUGAAGGGAGUGGCGUCUGCGGUGGAGGCAGGCCUGGAUGUGCGCAGCCUUCCUGCCAACUUCACCAGCCGCUGGGACCUUGCUUCCGCCUUCUUCUUCUGUGGUACCAUCAUUACCACCAUAGGAGAGCUAUCACCACAUUGUUUUAUUAAAUCCAGUUUAAUGUGUAACUAUUGUUCAAGUCUUAAGUAUUUAUUAUUAUUCAUUCUGCCGCUGUAUUUGUGGUUUGCCUCUCUCUCUCAGAAACGUAAGGUCAGGCCGACCACUGUGCGCGUGAUCUCAGCGGUUCUCUCCAUCCUGAUUGGUUGUCUUAUUUUCCUCGCCGUGCCGACAGUCGUGUUUCAGAAAGUGGAGGACUGGUCGUUUCUGGAGUCGCUUUACUUUGUAGUCAUCACUCUCACUACUGUUGGCUUUGGAGACUAUGUACCAGGUGGCGGUCGUGAGGGCAUGUUCUUCAAGCCUCUGGUGUUGUUGUGGAUCGUGUUUGGUCUCGCCUACUUUGCCUCCAUCCUCACCAUGAUAGGCAACUGGCUGAGGGUGCUGUCUAAGAGGACCCGCGCUGAGAUGGAGGAGUUGAGGGCCCAUGCUACAGACUGGACCCAGAACAUCCAGAACAUGUCCAUGGACUUCCGCAUCCCGAACCCUCUGGAGUUCAACGACCCCUUCCUCCUGCAGCGCCGGCGCUGGAAACGCAGCGAGCGUCGUCGCAUCCGCCGGGGAGCCCAGGUCACUCUGGGACACUGGGCUCGAGGAGCAUCCGAGAACGGACACCUACCGAACCGCUGGGGAGGCCUCUCCAACUCCAUGAGCCAACUGGAGGCCCAUUCGUCUCUUGAGAGGGCGGUGGUGGCCAAGUCCAGACCACGGGUCACUGCUGCUGGAGGUGGAACGGGUCCAAGACUGGUGCCCGGAUUGAGGGUUGACCCCACUGUGGGCCUGCAGGUGGAGGGCAGGCCGUUUCCUCACCUGCUGGCCCGCUCAUUCUCCCUCCCUGUGGCCCGCUCCACCUUAGAGCUGGACUCAGCAGGUGCAGCCUUGCAGGGAAGAUCUAUGUCUGGAUCUGAGUCUCCUUUUGAUUCCAGAUCAGACGUCUCCUCGGUCUCCUCGUCCUUCUUGGCGCUCCACAGGUUCCAGCCCUGCUGUACGGUCAGCAGCAUGGAGGAGGGAGGAGCGAGAGCCACAGAAAUGAACACAGCACAAGAGAAAAACAGGCUGAUUCUAGCAGAGAAAUAUGAAUCUGCAGCAAACAAUAGCCACAAACACACACCUGCCCCUGUUUUUCUCCCUCACUCCUCUUCUCUUCCCCCUUUUAUUCCUUCUUCUCGCCAAUCAAUUGUCCUUCCCUCACCUCCCCUCAACAUGGCGUCUUCGGCCAGCUGCCAGCUGCUGGAUUUCUUCGGAGAGAACCUGGCAUACAUCGACGAGUCCUCGGACACUCUAAGUGACCGCGCCCAGCCAGCAGCAAGCGAGGGGAGGAAGAGACGACCACGAAAACCCAAGAGGAGGAGCAUGAGGAAGCAGCUGUCCCACAGGUGGAGCCCCACACAGGUGAGGAGGUCCAACAGUGACAUGCGGCCACCUUCGAAUCCUCCCACACCACCUCCAGACUCUUCCCUUUCAGACCUGCCCCCAUCAGAGAACCAGACAGGUUCAGCUCAGCCACAAAGUCAAGAUGUGACAGAACAUAAUAGUUAACAACAGACAUGACGUUCCUACCACUCUGAACAUGUUCAUGCUUAGCCUCACAAAGUCAGCACACACAUUUUACUUUGUUACUUUGUGAUCUGUUGAUCUGAUGUUUAGCUGGUAUAAUAUUUACCUUGUUUGCACUAGAAAAGAAGACGAGUCAUCAAAGUUGUUACGGGUCUGUACCAAUACCCACACUUGCAGUCACACGCACCAGCAGGUUGUAGGUACCACGUCAGAAAAACACAAACACACAGUACACUUGGUGCACACUUUACCUAUUCAAAGCUGAGAGUAUAAAAUACAUAUAUUAAAAAUAUAUGAGACAGAAAUCAUCAUACAUCAUCAUACAGAAUACAUGCACAACUCUAUUUAAUUUAACAUUAUAACUCCUCUCAGCUCCUUAAUGUGCGUUUUUGAUGUGAUUGUACGGCUGAGCUCGGUUGUGCCUUUCUGUGAGCGACUGGAUGUCCUUAUUAAUCAAGGCCGAGUCAGUUCUGAUAAACUUCCACAGGCUUGUGAUCUUAACAGACACUUGAGCACUGUGGCAAUUAUGGGAAAAUGCAUCACACAACCAGACAUUUGGGUACUACACAAGUGUGGGUAUUGGUUAUUUCCUGGCAGUCCAUCCAGUAGUCCAUCAAAAACAGAUUUUGAAAUAACGAGAGUGAUAAAAGGCCCUCAAUCACUCUUCCUUUUAAAGUCGACCACACCAAACAGCUGGUCAUAACUUUUAGUGGUUUAAAGAGGUUGAGCCACAUCAUUAUCCAUCAUUACACAUAAUUAUCUACUUUGUUAAUCUGUCCUUCAGCCGCUGAGCUCAAUCAAUUCUCAGCACAUGUAUUUAACUCUGAAUCUCAGAUUUAAGUGGCUUUGUGAGGCUAACUUUUGGUGACUGACUGAUUCAGUGCAGGGCUUCCCACAGUGUUUUAUAGCUGAGGUGGGCCACUACGCUAGAAACAAGAAAUAUAUUUAAUACUUUUGUGGCAUUAAAAGGGAAAAAGAACACGUAAGUAAGAGGGGUUAAAAAGUGUGACUUGUUUUAGGACGUCAUCUAGUAACAAAAUUGAGCAUAAGACACGAUGCGUCGGGAUCUGGGUGGCAUACCACGACAGCUAAAAACAAAUAAAAACUCUCUGGGGAAAACCCAGCAGCUGGUGGAGAACCGGAACCACAACAACAGUACAAUAGUAUCAAAGCACGACAGGGCCAUCAUUCACCCUCAGAGCAGUGUCAGUCUGUGUAAUGCCGUCGUCCUGACAAUGGAAAACUGACACUGUCCAGUUGUGUGAGGGAUGAAGCAGGUGGCUACUGCUCUUCAAUGUCUUUAAGGGUUAAAAAGGGCAAAGGUCAGACCGAGUUGCUGUCCACUGCUUUGUGUUAAAACUUGUGUGCUCCUUACACCCCGAUAAGCAUCUUUGUAUGCCUGCCUUGAAUGUAAGCGGUCAGAGGGCUAUUAAAGCAACGCUGAGGUUAUUAUUAAGUUUGUGGUGUUUACCAACUAUACUAUCAAGUGUCCUUAAGUCACUGUUGGCAAGAUUCUGCUUGUGACCACUUUUUGUUAGUGUUUUUAUUUUUUUAAAAACUCUGCCCCUUUUGCCAAAUAAAUAACUGCAAGUUAUCUUAGCUUGUGUACACACCUUUCAAGUACUGUACUGUUUGUCCUCGGUUGAACCCUGUUAGAUUCCUCAUAAUGUAUUAAAGUGAUGAUUAUCAGACCUUUCUUAAUACACACAAUGUUAUUUUACAUUAACCUGAACAAGGCUGAACCUCUGCAGACGCCUUUGUGAUUUAUUUUAUACAUGUUUUUGAUCGUCAAUGGAGCAAUGUUUGUGGGGCCCUGCCAGGAAACACUAAUGUGCCCACAAAGGCGGUGGGAGACAAAGAAGGCAAGUUUGUAAACAUGUAAACAUUGCAGGUUUUUAACUUUUAAGAAAAAAAAAAAAAGUUUGUUUGAACUUCACACAAUGUGUUUUGGGGAGUAAGAGUGAAUGUAAACAGAAACAUUGUUUACAAGAAAACACCACAGACUCCACACACAUUCAAAUAGUAGAAAGCCUAGGUACUGAUAUAAAACCAGGCUUGUGUCCCAGUUUCACUACUUAUUGAGCUGUUUUUAAGUGUGUUCACAGUGGAAAGGUGCCAAAAUGAACUGUUAGUAUUCUUACUAUAAAACAGUUGAUGUUUGAGUGUGCUGUUAAUGUACACCUGCCCUAGAAAGUAAAUUAUGAUCGACAGCUCCAAAGAAAGAAACACAGAAUCUCUACAAGAUAUUUUGGUUUCUCUUUGUUAUGUUUAAAAUCAGUUUGAUGUAUCAUUUCCUUAAAGUAUAAAGUAUGGUAAAAUGUCUCCUAUAACAACUGCAACAAUCAUUAUACAGAAAUAUAUUAAUAUAUAUUACAUAGAGUAUAAAACUGGGACACAACGUGUUGUUUCCAAGCGUCCGUCCACUGGAGAGCAUGAGAUGCGUCAUGACCUGGAUCCUGAACCCUGAGAGUCCUGAAUGAACUCAGCUCUUGGUGGAUGUGGGAUAAACAGUAAGUUCCUGCUUACUCAGAAUCAGGAACUAUGACAAGAGGCUAUGGUGGCAUUAUGCCCUCCACCACAGCCAAAAUAAGUAACUGACUGAAUCCAUGCUCAAAUUCAGGCUCCCACAUAUUUUGUCAUUUGUUGACAGAGGGUUGGAAGGAGGAAGAUAUUCACAUGGCACUUUACUGCCGUGCUGACCACGACCCAUCAGCCAUAUCGUCAUCUGAGUCUGACUCCUGAACUUUGGGAAGGAUGUUUUUCUACCUUAUUUUUUAUAUACAAUAAAAAAAGAAGGUGGAGAAGAUGUUUGAAUUGUGCCUCUCUGAUGACUCAAGUCUUUCAGUUUCAGACUAAAUAUGUGGCCUUAAACUCUUAAACUCGUGUUUCAGACCUCAUGAUACGGGGCGCUGUUUGUAAUGUGUAAAAGGCUCAAAUUAACGGUCUAUUGUGGAACAUUUAUAAGAUUCAGAGUGAGAUUUGCAAACUUUUAAUAUCUAUUAACUGUUUUAAAGCAUUACUAAAUGCCUGUCUAAUAACUGAUUCUA